AUGCAAAUAUUUUAUUUGAAGGGCGGAGCUGCCGUCGUAACUGACGAGAAGCUCGUUUCGGUGAGCAAAUUGCUUCCUGAAAGCCAUCGUGUUGUCCAGGCCAUCGAGGCUGUCCACGCUGGUCGAGGAAAGAAUGUGCCACUUCUUUCGAAGACGCGAUCUGUGGAGGAGGCGAUGGAUCUUCUUUCAACGCCGCAGACGCCGAGUCUUCAUUUUUUGUUCCACUGCUCCAAGUGCAACUCGAAUUUGUCCAAUUCCUUUGAGCUGCUUGAACACGAUCUGCAGAAAUUCUCCUGCAAAAGGUGUCCGCGCAAAUUCUGCACGGCGAAACUGCAGCGGAAGCACCGCGUCGAGCACCAGGAAAAAAUUAUUAUCAGCCACUCCGAGAAUAUGGCAAAGCACUCUUGUCGUCUGUGCGAGGCUCGGUUUAACUCUUCAAUGCAGCUAGCGUUGCACCUGGACCUGCACCGUGGCGCCAGGUACGAGUGCGACGCGUGCAACCGGCACUUCCAGCACAAAAUUCACCUCGCCAGGCACAUUAAACUGAAGCACCUCGCCCUUUACCACUUCAGGUGCAACUUCUGCCAGCUGCAGUUCAGUUCCAGGAUGGAGGUGGUGCAGCAUGUGCAGGAGCACGACGACAGCGACCUGUUGCGCUCUGACGCGCCAAAAUUCGAGCUGGUGACGCCGUACAAAUGCGAAAUCUGCGGCGAGUGCAAGUCCAGUCCCGUCGUGCUGCGAAAACACGCUGAAAAACACGGAAGUCAGGACAAAACCAACGAUCCUGCAAGCAGAAAGUGCCACCUCUGCGACAAACAAUUCAAGACUGAGAAAAACCUACGAACGCACAUUACGAUGGGCCAUCUGCGUGGGGCGCACAUUUUCGUGAGGACUCGUGUGUCCAGCCCGAAAAAACACGCGUGCUCGCAGUGUCCGCGGAGAUUCCGGCGGAUAAGGGAGCUGGCCGACCACCUCAGCUUCUUCCACUCCAACAUUCUGCAGUACUCGUGCAACUUCUGCCAAAAAAGGUUCGGAACCAACGCCGGCAGAAAGGUUCACAUUUACGGCAAGCGUCCGAUGUCGGAAUACCCGUGCGGCGCGUGCGACGCGAAAUUCGAGUCGAAAUGCGAACGAGAUUUGCACCAGACGCAGCAGCACGAGCAGCGCUUCCCGUGUACCAUUUGCGGCGCGUGCUUCGGGCGAAAGUCGCAGCUGCACGGCCACGUCGGCAGGAAACACGCGCACCAGACGGCAAAGAGCUUUUACUGCGACGUCUGCGGCAAUGGAUUCAACAUCGCGACCAAAUUCAAGAAGCAUUCGCUGUCGCAUUUGGGUCAAUAA